AUGGCGGCAUUGCAGGUCGUUGAGCGGGCAAAGGAUCUCCAUCAAAGACGUAUAGGAUAUCUUUAUCUCUCUGAGAGGAUGCCAGUGGGACAUGAGCUUCAUUUGAUGCUCAUCAAUACUAUCCGGAAGGAUCUCGAGUCCAGAGACCCAUCACAUACUCUGCUCGCCCUGCACGCUAUCAUUAAGCAGCCCUCUACCGAUUUGGCGCCAGCUGUCACGCCACUCUUGGUUGCGAAGCCACUGCUCAGGCAUGCGAGGCCCGCUGUCCGUCAACGUACUAUACAGGCGUUGAUGGCGCUCAAUCUGGAUCCAUCGACUUUGAUGAAAAGGAACAGCGGGUUCCCCUUGUCGAUGAGCAAGGUAGUGAGGCUGCUAGGUGCUGAGGAAGAUCAAAGCGUUCUCUGCGUACUGCUAAGACUGUUACGGAGGUUGAUCGAGACUGGCUCGCACAUUGUCAAGGGUACCCAGGAGCACAUCUACCUCUUGCAACAAGUCUCCAAUCUCAUGGGCACCUGGCAGGCAGGAUCGGAAAUCGCAAUGGAGGCGGUACGGGUCCUGCGAGUGGUAUCGGCGAUAGACCUCGGGCGUGAGGCGGAAGCCGGGGGAAUGCUACGAGAGGCGAUGGCAGUGGUAGACGAGGUGUUGGAGCACCUGAUGGCGGGAGCACAUGCCAGUACUGGGAAGAGUGGAGGCCCGGUCCUAGAUCUGCCAAUAACUCUUGCUCGCCUACUCCACCUAAUCACUUCCACCCUCAGUCCCGCCUCAUCAUCCUCAUCUUCGACACUUCCACCACCAAACGACCAUAUCUUGGUCUUGCGCUGUCUAGCGCGUCUCCCUCUCGACAAGUGGGACAAGGCGCUUGGUACGGUGGAGAUGGGUGUCAUCAUGAGCGGGCUGGAGAGUCCGGACGAUACAGUCCGGAAAGCAACUCUUCGGCUGCUAGCAACCUCCGCGCCUGAUGUUCUCAAGCAAACCACCGACAAUUAUCUCACCGCCCUCAAGGACCGGUCAAACCUCGCUCUGCCAGUACACGUCCCACCAAAAUUAGAGGCGGCUCAGAAAGUCCAGCUAGCGCUGCACGAGACUGCCGUCCGGGCGCUGGAAGUUGUCUUUGCGGAAGAUGCGACGGGCAAGCAUGCUCCACGUGCAGCAGAGGGGGUCUAUGCGAUCCUCAUGACUUUGUCUGCCCCUGGCGAUGAGUCUGGAGGUGGAGCGGUCAGCGCUUGGGACGGUGGAGUGGGAUCGAUACAGGAGUUCCUGUCCCUUCGAGCGCCAGAAUACCAAACGGGCUUUACCUCGCGUCUACUUCAAUUGCCUAGCGCGACUGAUCCGUCCGUACUGGCGUUACGAGCAUCGGUCGCGCUCGACCAUGGCGGGCGAGUGGAUGCAUCCGACACCGUUGUUGCCCUAUUGGCCGACAUGUCACUGGCAGAAGGCUCAGAAGUGCAGGAGUCCAUCUUGGCGGCAAUUACGUCGAUCCUCGGUUCUCUUCAAACAGGCGAUACUGUACAUGAGGAAGUUCAGCGUCGGUUGGGCGGGGUUCUGCGCGACAAGAAGAUGACCAAGCAUGCUCGGCAGCGGAUCGAAGUGAUCAGUGGGCUUCUUGGGGCCGGUCUCAUCAGCGAGAUUCCAGUCGAGAGGAGGGGAGGAACUCCGCACGAGGUUCUGCAAGCUGCGGAGACGGUUUGGAAGCGUCACGAAGCUGCCCGAGAGAAGGAGGCAACACUCGCCAUACAUUCUCCGCUGGGCGGUGGCACUGCCUCGCCCCGUACCCCUGCCUUAUCGAGUAGCCAACUUCGGUACGGCGCGUACGACCCGCCAGCCGCGCUGGUGGCGACGAGGCACCGCUAG